AUGUUCUCCAAAGCCAUCGCAGCCCUCGCCCUUGCGGCACCUCUUGUCUCAGCCCAAACAUUCACAAAGUGUAACCCCAUGACAGCCACAUGUCCUGCCAACCCUGCUUUUGGAAGAGACACUGUUCACUGUGACUUUACAAAGGGUGCAUGUGACGCUUUUGCAGAGGAUGCUGGUACUGCGCUUGAGCAUAACGGCAAUGGUGCUGUCUUUACAAUUUCGGGACCUAAUCAGGCUCCUACAAUUGCGACGGGCAAGUACAUCUUCUUUGGUCGUGUCGACGUCGAGGUGCAGGCCUCUACGGGUGUAGGCAUCUGCACGAGUGCUGUUCUUCAGUCUGAUAAUCUUGAUGAGAUUGAUUGGGAGUGGCUCGGAGGUGACAAUGCCCAAGUUCAAUCCAACUACUUCAGCAAGGGUGACGUCUCAACAUAUGACCGCGGCGCUUUCCAUCCCGUCGCAAACCCAACAGGCCAAUUCCAUCUCUACUCCAUUGAAUGGACACCCUCUGUUAUCAACUGGAUGAUCGACGACGUCGUCGUCCGCACCCUCAACUAUGCCGAUGCCAAGGGCGGAUCUGCGUUCCCCCAGACCCCUAUGCAGGUUAAGCUUGGAACAUGGACCGCUGGUUCUCCCGAUGCUGCUCCUGGUACCAUCGCCUGGGCCGGUGGUAUUGCCGACUACUCCCAGGGUCCUUUCAACGCUUACUACAAGAGCAUUUCCAUUGUUGAUUAUGCUGGUGGCGACGCUCCUACAACAAAGAGUGUGAGGGAGUAUAUCUACGGCGAUCACUCUGGUAGCUUCAGCAGCAUCCAGCAGAUCAACUAA